AUUGUUUUCAAAGAUGCUAUUGGCAGGAAGUUUAGCUUCCCAUAUCACCUUUGCAAGACAUCGAAAGGCAUCGAGUCGCUCAUCAUGCAGGCCUUCCUGCACAUCGAGGAGCUUGGGGAGCGCGUACACCGCCGCCAAUACGACCUCAAAGGCCCGGACGGCGAGGUCAUCUUACCUCAAGUGUGGGAGAUCUAUCUGCAGCCC